AUGGCUUAUGUUUUCGACGAUCUUGCAACCCUUGACAUGUCGAAAGAUAGUUGGAGGAUUCAUGUGAAAGUUGGAACUAAAAUACAAGCUACCAUUAGGAAAACUUUGGUUUAUAAGUUUCAAAAUUUGCUUGCUGAGGAUCGUGUGUGCUCCAUAUCAGUAUUGGCUCUUGUUUUGAAUAAUGGUGAUUACAAGACUACAAGGCAUGGUUUCAAAGUGAAUUUUCUUUACAACAUCGAAGUACAGCCCAUGAAUCAAAUACCAAUUUCUAUUCAUCCAUUUUCCUUUGUUUCCAUUCGGUCAAUUCUGAACCAGACUCACAAUGCUAACUAUUUAGUUGAUGUUCUUCGUAUCUUUACUGGUGUUGGUAGGGAGAAGUCUUAUGAGAGUUGUCGUGAUAGCAUCAAAAUGAAUGUUAUUGAAAUUGAUUCUGACGGGUAUAAAAAUGAAUUUGAAUCCUUCUUCGUCAUUCUAUAUGUUUAUAUGUCUUUCUUAUCCAUAGGCAAGGUUUGUUGGCAGAAUGUUUUUGGAGCAACAAAGCUGAUAUUCAAUCCUGACAUUGAAGAGGCUCGCAUUCUGCAACAAGUGAUUAAACAUGCUGAAACAAGUGAAGAUGAUACUCAAUCUUUGUCUGAAAUUCCUUAUUCCGGCAAUAUAUCUGAAGAAGAGGAUUUUCUGGUGCUUACUCCUGAGAAGACUAUUCAAGGAAUGAAGUUAUGCUUUGAGAAUCAUUUUGUGUUGCCUUUGCUACUGUCAAAGAAAUUAUUGAUGCUGAGGAGUGGUGGUACAUUGCUUGCAAAUGUAACAAGAAGGUAUCGGAUCAAAGUUAGAGUCAGUGAUAAAAUUGAAGAUGUUGUUUUUGUUCUAUUUGAUAAUGAGUGCCUCCCAAUUUCUAAUAAUGAGGCUACUACUUUGCUUGGAAAGACAUGUUCUGAGAUGGUUGAUAGUCUCCAUAUAGGUGAUUAUUCCAUUGUUGUUCCUUCUGAAAUAAUGUCACUGAUUGGAAAGAGCUUUCUCUCUAAAGUUCAGAUCAAGUGUUAUGGGAAUGUUGAAGGUGAAUAUGCCAGUUUUCUAUGUACACCUCCUUCUCAGACCAAAAGCCGUGGUGUUAUCUCUGAUCUUGCUAAGGAUCUUGAUGAUGGUUUUGCCAUUGGUUCUGUUGACAAAACAUCCGGUGGUUCGUCUUUUCAUGUUAUUGAUCUUGACAAGGAAUCAAAUGUGGUCACUCCAUCUAAACGCAACUCUCCUGAAUUAGUUCAUGAUGAUUCUUGCACUAACAGGAAGAAGGCUAAUGUUGGAUUGAAGAAGGGCAACAACUGA